CAGUGAUUAUAUAUUCGUCUUAACUGUGGACAAUAAAUAUUUAGACGCGUUGUUUCCAAACUAUUUCGCGUCACCGUCAGAAAACAAAAACGCAGAUUUUAGAGACCCGACGUUUCAAAUUUAAUAACUCCUGAGAGACUAAUCCUUUCUGUGAAACUGGGAAUAGGAAAUGCGUUCAAACGUGUUGUUAGUAUAUCGGAUACGUGAGUCAUACAGAUAUCCGAUAUCCCCGCCUCCACCAUUAAAACAAAUUGAAUUUUUUACUUUCGUUUCUUGAAUUUAUCUCCUCCCGGUCUGGUUAUGCAAAAGAGAGAGCGGGAGAUUUGUUUUUAAAAAAAAAACAGAAACAGAAACUCGCUUAAAAUAUAAACGUUUCACCUGCAACGCGUUUCUCGACGAGGGGUAUUAACAAACCUGAGUCAUGGAAAACCGGCUCCAAUUUAAAACCGACGAUGAACUGCGGCAGUUUUUCCGAUUGAAGAAAGUCGAGAUCGCUUCAAUCAGAGAUCCUUUCAAGCUCCUCACCCAACUGAGAGACAGCGAUGUCAUCCCAGAAGAGAAAUACCAGGAGUUUUGCAGACGAAAAAAAGAGAAAGCUCGCUACAGCCUCCUUGAAUGGAUGGAGAAGGAGAAGCCACAACUCAUCCGUCCGUUUUGGGAGUGCGUUUUCCAGGAUCACAUGAUUCAGUCCUACCCCGCACUGAAGCUCAUGAGAGACAGCCUUUUGGAAAGACCCAGCGGUGCUGAGAACGACAGGGCGGGUUCUUCCAAGACCGGACCCGGCAGUACCGCUCAAUCUCCGGGCACCUCUGCACAGAACCAGGGUCGGACCGGACCAGGGAAGAGACCGAAACCUGCCAAACCCACUAGCGGACCCAGCGGUGCUGAGAACGACAGGGCGGGUUCUUCCAAGACCGGACCCGGCAGUACCGCUCAAUCUCCGGGCACCUCUGCACAGAACCGGGGUCGGACCGGACCGGGAAAGAGACCGAAACCUGCCAAACCCACUAGCGGACCCAGCGGUGCUGAGAACGACAGGGCGGGUUCUUCCAGGACCGGACCCAGCAGUACCACUCAAUCUCCGGGCACCUCUGCACAGAACCGGGGUCGGACCGGACCGGGGAAGAGACCGAAACCUGCCAAACCCACUUACGGUUCGUUUUCGCAGGGCGGGUCGAAGGAGGACAAACAGCCCAUUUGGACCUUCCCCCUUUACAGAACCACCCUUCCGGUCACCUGCGGACAGAAGCAAGGCAGCCUGCACAGGGAGAGACUGAGCAAAGGGGAGCCCUGUGUGUCAGUCGAGGGUCGAUGGUUCAGCCCCUCAGAAUUUGAGGAGUUGGCGGGACGGGGGAGCAGCAAAAAUUGGAAAAAAAGCAUCUACUGCAACCGCACCCCACUGAGCAAACUGUUUGAGGGGGGUCACCUUACAUCUCCACCCCUUAAAAGGAGAAAACCAGGCACAGCAACUGGGGAGGGACGAGCUAAAUCUCAGACACCCCUGAAGAGAAAUCUACCUGAAGCAAGUGAUGAAAGCACAAACAGUCCGAUAAAGUUCACACCGUUAGAAUCUGAUGAUGAUGAUGAUGAUGAAGAAGACCUCUCCAUCUUCUCUCCUGAAACUCUCCAGGUUUCUUUCGGACGUGUUCAAGGAAUUCUUCACAGGGAACGCUUCGCUAGUGGGACAUGUGGAAAGUGUAUCCGUACCCCAGAAAGCUGGCUGACCCCCCACGACUUCACCAGGAUGGACGGGAGGGUGGCUGACAAGUCUUGGAGGAAAAGCAUCCUCUGUAAAGGGAAGCCUCUAAACUAUCUCAUAAAGAAAGAAAUCCUAGUGAUUCAUUCUCUUCUGUGCAAAUGCCAUAACUGCGAGGAUUUAACUGGCUGGCAAGACAAUGAUGACGAGUGUACGGUCUGCUCCCACGGAGGGAGUCUCAUCUGCUGUGACCUGUGCCCCCUGGCCUUCCACGCAGACUGCCACGUUCCCACGGCAGAGGAACCAGCCUCCAGUGGUAAAUGGUUCUGCUCCUUCUGCAAAAUCGAGGUUCAGCAGACGCCUCGGAACCGCUGUCAAACCAAGACGGAUGUUCUGGCUCUGGAGAUCAGAACGCAGCUGCUGGAGUGCCAGUAUCUCUUGCUCAGGCUGUACAGCUCAAAGGACAGCGGGAUCUUCUGUCCCAAUCCCUGCCACACGGUGGAGGGCUACACUGACUUCAUUGACAUGCCCAUGUGGCUGGACAAGGUCAAGGAGAAGCUGGCCAGCGAUCGCUACUCCACGGUGGGGGAGUUCGUGAGAGAUGUUAACCUGAUCUUCCAAAACUGUGCCCAGCUGCACAAGGAUAAUCGGUAUGGCAAAAUGGGCCAGAAACUCCACUCUGUGUUCGAGGAAAACUUCAAAAAUGUUUUUGGUAUCGAGCAGUAAAAACUAAUCCCCUGUCUGCACUGAAAUGAACAGCGCCCCCAACUGCCCUGGAGGUCUAUUACCUCGUUUCCAUGACCACAGGAUUGGCAGCCAAUCAUCGUCAAGCAUUCCCCCUCAACGCCCAUUUCUAGUCGAGUGAAGACUCGAUCAUUGUGAGUUUGACGGGAUGUUGGCGGUCCUUUCCCAGCAUGCCUUGGGGCUUGGGUCCCGUCCAAGCGUUGGCGAAACCGAAUCUCUCUUUGCUUCCGAUAAUCAAUCAUUUUUAAGCAUUUUGUUACUGAAACAAAAAACUAGCUCAAUAUUAAAGCAGGGAGGUAACCCUCCCGCUGUGGAUCCAAUGCUCCCGCCUCCUCGUCGCUCGGAUUGGUCAGAGGGCAGCUCGGACUGGCAGCGGAUUGGCCAGCUAAAUCACCAUGGAGGCACAGUAUCGGAGGACAGCAGGGUUUUGAACCCGCGUUGAGUGGGGCAUGGAAGCGAGGUAGAAGGUUUGUUAUGGAGCUCAAUUAUAGUUCCAUAUAUUACAUAUUAAUUUAUUUUAAUUCAUGCAUUUCCUUUAUACACAGUCCAUUACAGUAUCCAUAGUUAACACAUUUUUAAUAACUAACACACUGUAAUAACUCAAAAUACUGCACAGUCACUUGCUUAAAUGUAAAUUCUAUUUUAGCCUUUCUAGAUAAGAAGAGACUCUGAGGUCUUGAGAUCUUGUGCUGAAUUCUUGUUUAGUUUGUCCCAUACAAGGUGUCUCCUCGUCUUUUCGCCUGUAGAAAUACUAAAAGGAACUGAAUGGAUUCUAAUGGCAAACGUUUCCACUAGAAGUCUCUCUCAGCGUCUUCAGUGUAAAUUCAAUGGCAAACGUUUCCGCUAGAAGUCUCUCUCAGCGUCUUCAGUGUAAAUUCAAUGGCAAACGUUUCCGCUAGAAGUCUCUCUCAGCGUCUUCAGUGUAAAUUCAACGGCAAACGUUUCCACUAGAAGUCUUUCUCAGCAUUUUAAGCCAUUGAAUUUACACUGAAGACGCUGAGAGAGACUUCUAGAGGAAACGUUUGCCAUUGAAUUUACACUUUAGACGCUGAGAGAGACUUCUAGUGGAAACGUUUGCCAUUGAAUUUACACUGAUCUGUGAUUUCUAAUUGAUUGUAAAUACAUUUUAACCUGUUAAUGAAUGUAAACUAGAUUGUACUAAUUUUUAGCCUUCUGGUUGUUAAGAUCACAAUGAAAAGAGUGUAUGAGACGGGAAUAUUGAUUAGAAGUGAAGGCUGAAAUAUUUCCUUUGGAAGACAGACCUGAGCUUGUUAGCUAGACACACUGGGGGCUGAUCAAGCUGGUAACAGUAAAACCUGGACUGGAUCACACUGCUGUGCGAUAGGAGUCUGAUUCCCAGCCCUGAUCUCUCUGUCUAAAUAUCCCACAGUUCCCAGCAAUAUCCUGUAGCUCUCUUCACUAUAAAAUCAGCUACAAACCUCCUUCAACCAAAGUCUAUCUACAGGGCUGGGAAUCAGACUCCUGCUGCACAGCAGUGUGAUCCAGUCCUGGUUUCACUAGGAGUUUAAUAAUAAGACACACCUGAGCUUGUUAGCUAGACACACUGGGGGCUGAUCAAGCUGGUAGCAGUAAAACCUGGAAUGGAUCACGCUGCUGUGGGAUAGGAGUCGAUUCCCAGCCCUGUCUGCAUAGAAUUCAAUUACACAUGGAAAAAAAAUAAGACCACAGAGACGUUCUGCAAAUUCAGAUGCCAUGGUAGUUUUGUUAAAGGGGAAGAAACUUCCAGAGGGAAUAGUUCAUUUUUGGCCGUCACUUCCAGGUAAAAUUCCCUUUAAGAGAAUUAUAUUUUGGAAUGUUACUAAUUUUUUUUUAAAUUAUAUAUUUUUUACUUUUGUAUAAUUAUUUUUCAAUGUAUUUCUUAAAAAAAGAUUUUUUAUUGAUUCAAAUACAGUACACAAUUCUGUUGAUUUAUCUAUGUCUGUCAAUACAGGUAAGCUAAUAAUAUUUAAAUAAAAAACAGCUGGAUCGCA